AUGCCGAAGGAUCGCACCCGCCGUGUCCUACACACCACAGCGCACCAACGUCUGUCUUUCUGCGACGCCAGUGGAACGACGCGGCGCGAUGAGAGCGGGACGAAGGCCUGCGGCGACGGGUAUUCGAGGCAGGCGGACCGUAGCGGAACACCGCAUUCGUCGUUCAGAGAGUCAAGCGUUAGUGGCUUCGAGGACAAGCACGAUGCGUCUUCGAUAUGUCUGGGGGACAGCGCCGAAUUCCAGGAUCUGCUGUGCUCGGACGAUGGAAGAAAGACUGUGAAUCUCAAACUCGCGGGAUGCGUCGCGCUCUUCCUCGUUGCCUACUGCAUCCAGCCUCUAUUGGUCGACGCUCUGAAGUUCGAAGGCGCUGCCGCGACCAGCACGUGCAUAUACCUGAUUCCCCAUUUUCUCGGCAUGCUCUCCGUAGUCUUCACUGUGAACGACUCAAGUACUCAGAGGCCGACGCAUCGGAGCGAGAAACCUUGCAGAAUGCCUCUUCUGCGGAUGCGAGAACUUCACCUCAAUCGUCGAACGUGGCGAAAAGCUUUCUUUGUUGCUGGCAUUGACCUUCUUCAUCAAGUGGCAGAAAAAGCGGGCCUAGUCCUGUGCGGCUCCGGAGCCUACGUCCUCGUCAGCAGUUCCUCGAUUGUCUGGACAGCUGUCAUUUCGGCUUGUGUCCUUCGCCGCAAGUUUUCUUCGCUUCAGUGGAUGAGUCUUAUGCUCAUUUGUGGCGGCAUCAGCAUGAAGGCUGCAGAUCUCACCUUCGCGUGGCAAAAUGAAGAGUUUCUGGGGGUUACCAUCACGUUCCUUUCUGCAAUUCUGCAAGGUCUGACGUUCGUCGUAAACGAGAAGUACAUGACGAGCUCCAGAGAUCCUGUCAGCGGUCCUGCCCUAGUGUUCAUGAUGGGAGUUAUUUGCUCGUCUUUGAUGCUCGUCUGGUCUUGCAUCUGGACACUUCCGAAUUUCCAAAAUCUUGUUGUCCACCGUGUGCGAGAGCGAGGAGGCAGUCCACUCCGCAUCGCUGCGAUUCUCUUCGGCCUGUUUUGCAGUGGCGCGAUUCACUCGUCCACUCUAUGGUACAUCGUCAAGCAUCUCGGCGCGGUGACAUCGGGGGUGCUGAAAGGUGUGAAGACAGCGUCCGUGUUUUUGCUGGGUCACGUUUUCUUCUGUCACCUCCAGGAAUCACAGUGUUUGAACCCGGUAAAAACGGUUUCAGCCACUGUCUGCGUGGGCGGCGUCGUCCUUUACUACGUCGCCACGUCACAAGCACGACAAUUGCCAGCGAAAAACUCUGGCUGUACCAAGUCUUCUCUAUAAUUGUCCACCCAAAUGGCAAGCACGUUGGCUUUAACAUCAGACGAGCGCGGCUCGCUGGCUGAGGAGUGUUGAUUUUGCUGGCGCCGAAGGCGGCCUAAGAAACGGUUUUUACCUCUGGCAGGUUACCUGGUUGUCUUCUGCUGAAGAGGAAUUACUUAAAGACUGGCCCAACAAAACAGCUUGCAACCCAAAGAAAUAUGCGAAGUCGCAGCUGAACUCUUCAACCAACAUGGAUAGAAGCACUUUCCUGUC